AUGUUCGCGUGGCUCCGCAAGAGCCCUCAGCGGGCGCAGCUCGCGUAUGACCUCGCGCUGCUGUCUGUCGUUACGUCUCUUGCACUCAACACGACGCUGCUGGUGCGUGAGCGCGAGAUCCGCAACCGCUCCUUUCGCCUGCAGCGGGAAGUGCUGACGAACCUGCGGCAGCACCUGCAGACCAACCGUGCCGCGACGCUUGGCCGUGCGCCCGAGAUCUGUCGGCAGCUGGUCAAGGUCGGUCUGAAGCCUGCCGCGUACGGCCUGGACGAGCGCGAGUCGGCGACGGCCGAGGCCGAUGUCGUGCCCUUCCACCGCGACCUGUCGUGGUACGACGUCUUUUUCCGGCGCAAGAAGCUCGACGAGCAGCACCGUCCGCAGACGCUGCUGUCUUCGGAGCAGCAGUGGGAGCAAGAUCUCGCCCAGCUCAUUGAGCAGCUCGAGAACGAAGGCGAGGAUGCCGUGUAG